AGACACUCGACCCUCAGCUUCGCCGGCGAUCGAACAGAAAGAAAAUUGAAGUUUUUGCGGGGAAGACCGGCGUUGUGAUUUCUUUUUCUAAGCAAUUACAUAUAACUUAUCUGUCUGCAUUUUAGCAAGAUGAGUGAAAUGUUGGGCGGAAGCGAUCCUUCAGUAUCGACGGAAACAACGAAGGGGAGUAGUGCUUUAGAUGCGAGCCGAAUCGCAGAGGUAAAAUCAUGGCUAGUUUCCCAAUUCGACGCUGUUGGGAAGGACGUCCCUGAUUUCGAGUACACUGCACGAAGCGUUGCGCAUUUGCACAAUAUUGCGACCAUUUCUCAGGCCAAAAAUCAAGCCGCAGGGAUCGUAGCCAAUGAUUUCCGUCAAAAAGCUGCCGAGUAUAGGUCUCAAGCUGCGAGGAUAAGAGAGGUAUUAGAAAAUGUGGGAUUGGCCCAAGAGAGUUUGACGCCGAAUGUGGUUUCAUCUGCACAAGUGCUUGCCAGUAUGGCGAAUUUGUUGAAUAUUAGAGACACUGAAUUGAGUAGCUUUCUUGUAGCAAUGGCAGAUCUUUCUCUUAGGAAAACAGCAGUAGAAGAGAAGAGGGCUAAAGUGCAACAGGAAUCUAAAGUUCUUCUUGAUUACACUCGGAAGGCAAUAGCAAGAUUGACUUACUUGAAAAGAACGCUUGCUCAGCUUGAAGAUGACAUUGCUCCUUGUGAAGCACAAAUGGAAAAUUGGAAAACGAACCUGACAAUUAUGGAUUCCAAAGAGAGGCAAUAUUUUCAACAGUAUUCUAAUUACAAGGCAAUGCUCAACCGUGUUGGCUAUACCCCAGAGAUAAGUCAUGGAGUGCUGGUUGAAAUGGCGGAGCACAGAAAGGAUUUGGAGAACAAAACAAAACCUAUUCUUGAUACUUUGAGAAGCUACCAAGACCUGCCUCCGGAUAAAGCCUUGGCUGCAUUGGCAAUUGAGGAGAAGAAAAGGCAGUAUGGUGAUGCUGAGAAGUACCUUGAAGAUGUGUUGCAGUCAGCUCUUGCUGCUACAGAUUGAAAAUGAAAGCCAGUUCUUGAAAGCUUCUUUUGUCAGGAUUACUUCCUAGUUUUUACUCUAUUAGGAACAUUAAGGCAAGUUCUAUUUGGCCCAGUUUUUUAUUUUUAUGUUUUGAAAUUGUUGUGUUCGUUGCUGUAUUCACUUUUCCUUAUUCCUUUUCUUUGUACGUUUUCAUAUAAUGAUGUAGCAAGCUUGGAGAAAGUUGUUAAUAGGAUGAGCUUUGAUCCACAAGUAAUCUAUUAAUUUUAUCAUCUUU